AUGGCAGAGACGACAGAGGCGAAGGCGAGUGCUUCGGCACCUGGCGGUGAUGCUGGAGGUGAAGAAGACAGGCGUGAUGAGCGUAUGCUUGAAUGCAAUAUUUGCCUAGACACUGCGCGAGAUGCAGUUGUUAGUAUGUGCGGACAUCUUUUCUGUUGGCCAUGUCUUCACCAAUGGCUAGAAACCCGACCAAGUCGUCAAGUCUGUCCAGUAUGCAAAGCAGCUAUUAGUAGGGAGAAAGUCAUACCACUUUAUGGCAGGGGAAAUACUAAACAGGAGGAUCCCAGAAAUAAGGUGCCACCGAGGCCGGCAGGGCAGCGCACGGAGCCCGAGAGCAAUAGUGGCUUCCCGGGCUUUGGUUUCGGCGAAGGCUUCCACAUGUCAUUCGGCAUCGGCGCAUUCCCAUUCGGAGUUUUCACGUCCACAUUCAACUUCGGUGAUCCCAGGCCUAGUGCUGCGCCCCGCGGCACCGCCCAGUUCGAAGAGGAGCAGUUCGUCUCAAAGAUCUUCCUGUGGGUGGCGAUCCUGUUCGUUCUGUGGCUCGUCUUCGCA